AUGGCCGCUCCCAUCAAGCAAGAGCCAGGAGUUCCGACCUUCAUCAAACCCGACCCAGACAGCAAAGAGGGUCUUUUGUCAGACGAGGACAUUUACGAAGAUACCGGAGACCUGGACUUUGCACAAGCAGGCCAAAAUGUGUGGUUAACAAGGAUUCCGGCAGACUUGUGGAAACAUUGGUCACAGCUGGACGACGACGAGGAAAUUCAGAUCGGCACCGUCAGAGUCGAAGGCGAGCCUCAUGACAUCAAAAGAAUCAGUUUGCGUUUAAAUGGUACCCCAGCCAGUCAAGAUAUCCCCAAAGAUUAUCUCCUCCAAAGACAGAAUGUGGAUCCCAAAAGCGGCUCAUUUGCCGUUCAGAAUAGUUUUAUCUUCAGCGAAAAGGACUUGCCGGGCCAUAAGAAUAAAAUUGAUGAGAUGUUUGGCGAGACGCGUUCCAUGCUUUACGAGUCUAUGAAGCGGGAGGCGCGAAAGAAGGCGACAAAGAGGAAAUGGGAGCCUUAUGUUCGAAAGACCAUACCCAAGCAAACGGCCCUCGUCGGGAAAGUCGCCGACGAGUUUAACUGCAUGCCAGUCGAGAAUGCCGAAUACCAGCGUAUAUCUGAAGCCAAGGCCUUCAAGGCGCUGGAGCCAAGAGAAAAGGUCCAACUCAUCGACCUCAGACAGCACAAGGGACCUAACGUCAGAGAAGUUGCGGCCGGAAACAUAGGCGGUUUUGUGCAACAAGCCAAGCAGCCAAAGCCUCGUGCUCAAGAGAACAAGGCCACCCGUCGCGAACGAAACGUACUUUUGGACGAGAUCUUUGGAUUGUUUCGCGAGUACUCUCACUGGAAAUUCGCCGAUAUCAAAGCUAGGACAAACCAGCCUGAGCAGUAUCUCAAGGAGACACUGGAAAUGGUCGCCCAUCUCGUGAGGACUGGGGAUUUCGCCAUGACGUGGGAGCUAAAGCCGGAAGCUAGAGAGACGAACUAUGCAAAUGCGAUUCUUGCAGAAGAAGAGAACGCAGCCGGCUCGGAUAUUGACGAUGUGCAAUUUGAGAAUGUUUGA